GACACCAUCGGCGCGGCACCUUUGCAUAACUCAUCGACGAUGCUGCGCCAUUCGCUGCGCCGCGUAGCAAGGAGCCGAAGGACGCUGGCCCACCUCGCGUCCAAGGGCCCGGGUUUCUUGGGCUGUUUAGGUCAUGGCGACUGGCAAAAUAGAGAUGCCCUGGAAGCUGUCUUGGAUGACAACGACAAUUAUGUCAGAGUGAAGAGUAUAGGCGCGGGCUGGGCUCAUUCUGCGGCUGUACUGGAAGACGGCGUUUGUGUUGUUUGGGGUCGCUACCUGGAACCGCCCGAGUCUGCCUUACGAUUAUCUCAUAUCGAGCGCGUCGUGCCGCCGCUGGCUCGGUUAGUGAAUGCCACAGCAUCAUUAUUAGAUCGGGACAACAGUCUGAGAUUAAGGCCGACGCCGAUUACCGAUCAAUGUCUCAAGGUGGCGUGCGGCGCCGGCGUCACCGCCUUGAUAAAAAGGAAUGGAUCGUUGGAAACCAUGGGCGCGAACCAGUUCGGCCAGUGCGGCGUGGGGGACCAUUCGGAUGUCGUGCGGGAGCCGGCGCCAGUCAAGUGGGAUUCACCACAAGUACCCAUCUCUACCGUAGCAUUGGGCUUCCGCCACGGCCUUUGUCUCUCCGAGGAAGGCCGAGUCCUGAGCUGGGGAAAAAAUGAUGCCGGCCAGCUCGGAGAUGAUACGAGAAACUCGCGGCCGGCCGUGGCACCCGUGUCGUUGGACGAAGAAUGUAUCAGCGUAGGUGCCGGCUUAAAUCAUAGCGCGGCACUGACGACGGACGGCCGCCUCUUCGUGUGGGGGAAGAUGAGAGAUAGUAGUUCAAAAAAACCUUCUACUGUGUCACGCGAUUUACCAGACGUGUACGGCGACGCUCUGUCACCUAAACAAGUACCAGGCCACCGCUACAAGGCCGUGGCCUGCUCGUCGUUCCAUUGUGUCACUCUAGAUGAAGAUGGUCAAGUCUUUUGCAUGGGUCUCGAGAGAGGGUCGAGAAAAAUGGUCCACGCGCCUCGCCAAGUGCGCCUGCCGCCGGGCGUGCGCGUGUUGUCCAUCAAAAACGGCGUCGACGCCGUCGCGCUGCUGGGCGAUGACGGUGUUACAUAUGUGCCCGAUUUAUCACCAGGUUUAUCUUGUGGUUGCGAGGUCCGGGAAGAAAAUGCGGUGACUGAUCUGGUGUUCGGGUGGCGGCACGCCGUGGCUAUCGCUGCGUAA